AUGACGGACAGUUGUUGUAGUCAGAAGGCAUUGCAAAAACAAUCAGGUGAUGAUAGUGAUGAUCGACCCAAAAGAUCUCAAACGACUCAAACGACCCUUCCAGACGUGCAAACGCUUUCUUCCCUAACCUUGGAACCAUAUGUCGAUACUCAUACGCAUUUACACUAUGUCAUUGACCGUCUACCCGAAAAAUUUGGAGUAGACAGUUAUCAGGAUCUUAAAGAACGUUAUUGUCCACCCAAUUUGGAAGCUUGCGUUAACGUUCUUUGCGAUCCGCUGUCCUUCAAUAGCAACCAGAUUUUUCCCAACACGUGUUCUGAUUGGAAAGUUAUGGCAGACGUACCUUUCAUGUAUCUUGCCGCCGGUGUUCACCCACACAACUCAAAAGACUACAAUGAUUACAUUGAAGAUCGAAUGGUUGAGAUACUUCAACAUCCGAAAACUGUGGCACUGGGAGAAAUCGGGCUAGAUUACCACUAUGAUUUUUCACCAAAAGACGUUCAAAAAAGAGUUUUCAUUAAACAAAUAGAGAUCGCCAAGGCGAUGGGGAAGCCAAUUGUGAUUCAUACUCGUGAAGCAGAAGAAGAUACUUGGGAAAUUUUGACAAACCACGUUCCUCAGGAUUGGAAGAUUCAUGUACAUUGUUUUACUGAUUCGCCAAAAUUCGCGAAACGUUUACUAGAUCAUUUUCCAAAUCUUUAUAUUGGAAUCACUGGUAUCGUGACUUAUGGAUCAGCUAGAAAUACACAAGAAGUAGUUAGAUCUAUUGUGCCCUUAAACAGAUUUCUUUUGGAAACUGAUGCUCCGUAUAUGACACCUUCUAGAAUCAAUAGAAACAAGAGAACAUCUGAGAGAGUCAAUGUAUGCCAUUCAGGGAUGAUUCCCUUUGUGGCUCAAAGAAUUUCCGAACUUAUGAAAAAAGAGAUUGAUGAGGUGAUGCGGGCUGCAAGAGAGAAUACAAGAAAUAUGUAUGGCAUAUAA